CGGGCACAAAUUGCAACAACAACAACAGUAACCACGCAAAAAUGCGGCACAGUAAACGAACGCUGAAUAGCGAAAAUAACAACAACACAACAUGGCUUUUGCUGCUAUGUCUGCUUAUAGCCUCACCUGCCAUCACCAUGGCAGCCAGACGUUCGCGUCUGGAUUUAGCUGCGAGCGCACAACCUGUAGCUCCAGCCGCUGCCGCUGCGGCAGUCUCCUCCACCACAACUAAGGACAGCAAUUUACCUAUUGCAGAGCAACAGACUGCAACAGCAACAUUCGUCGAUGCAGCAGCAGCAGCAGCAGCGGCAGCAGCGGCAGCAGAAGCACCUGUGGCGGCACCGGUUUCACUCACCACGGCUACAGCAGGAGCCACCACGGCCGCUGAUGCAGCAACCAACGGUGAUGUAAAGCGUCAAUCAGAGGUUUCAGUCAACAACAAACAGCCAGCUGUUGCUACCGAUUUGGGGGGCAGCUCCGAGGCAAAACAUGCCAUUGACAACUCAGCAGUCAGCGAUGCAGAAAGUGAAGAACUAGAUGCCGCAAACUCGGCAGCGGCGGCAGUAGGUGGAACAGCAGCAGAUACGGCGGCGGCAGCGGUGGCGGCCGUUGCACCACCUGCAGCAUACGAUUCGACAACCAGUGCUGCAGUAGCAUCCGCUGAAAAGUUGGCUGCAUCUGAACUCCACAAUGCCAAUGAAGAGGAGGAUCAAUUACCAAAGGAACAGAAAGAAUUGCCGACAGAGAUUGGCGAUGAGGACGUUGACUUGCUGGGCAGUGGCAGUAGCGUUGGGACAGCUAGCGGCGGACAUGGCAACACUGUUGAGGAAUGUGAUCCGGAGUUGAUUGGCUUCGAAAUUGUAACGGGCUAUGUUUUCUCUGCUCCCGGAAAAUUAUUGAACUCACUGCCUGGUACUUUAAUGCUAACCGAUUGCCUGGAAGCUUGCCAAACGAAUGAGGCCUGCCGUGCGGUGAACUAUGAGACCGGGUUGUGUGUACUCUUCUCGGCCAAUGCAGAUAAAUUGCCUGGCGCCCUCACCAAAUCGCAAUUCCCUGUCUUCACAAUUUAUGCACAAAAAUCAUGUCUCGGCAUUCGGCCGUGCGCACGUGCCUGGUGUGUCGAUCGCGUGCAGAGCUACAAGCUGAAUGGCUACGCGAAGCGCACGAUACCGGUGAUAUCGCGACGUGAUUGCCUGGAAUUGUGUUUGGGCGAAAACGAAUUCACGUGCAGAUCGGCCAACUAUUAUCGCAAUACAAACACUUGUGAGCUCUCGGAAAUGGAUCGCAUUACGCUGGCCGGCACAGGCGCAUUCCAGCCGCACGAUGCUGUCGAUUAUCUGGAGAAUAACUGCGCCGAUGAGCCAAAUAAAUUGUGCGAGUUCAAACGCUUGUCCGGCCGCAUAUUGAAGACAGUGGAUUCGGUGUAUCAGGAUGUUGGCAGCAUUGAUGAGUGUCGUGAUUUAUGUUUGAAUUCGCCGUACAGAUGCCACUCCUACGACUAUGGUGACACCGGCGACAUGGUUUGCCGCCUUUCGCAUCACAGCCGCGCUACUCUCUCCGAUGUGCAAGACCCCUACCUGGAAGUACCCGAAGCAGCCACUUACGAACUCUCGUCUUGCUACAAUGUGACCAUCGAAUGUGGCGCUGGCGAUAUGAUUGCACGCAUACGUACCUCAAAACUCUUUGAUGGCAAAGUUUACGCUAAGGGUUCACCCAAAUCGUGCGCAGUCGAUGUAAAGAACUCGCUAGACUUUGAACUGCGCAUGGGCUAUCAGGAUCUUGAAUGUAAUGUACGUCAAAGCGGCUCUGGACGUUACAUGAACGAUGUAGUGAUACAACAUCAUGACACCAUAGUCACCUCCUCGGAUUUGGGUUUGGCUGUCACUUGUCAAUAUGACUUAACUAACAAAUCGGUAUCGAAUGAAGUUGAUCUUGGCGUGAAGGGCGACAUUGAACCAGCUCUUAGUGAGGAGGUAAUAGUCGAUUCACCGAAUGUGAUUAUGAAGAUCACCUCACGCGAUGGUUCCGAUGUGAUGCGCUCGGCUGAAGUUGGUGAUCCGUUGGCGCUCAAAUUCGAAAUACUUGAUGAACACAGUCCCUACGAGAUAUUCGUGCGCGAAUUGGUUGCUAUGGAUGGUAGCGAUAAUGCAGAAAUUACGCUCAUCGAUUCGAAUGGUUGUCCUACGGACCACUUCAUCAUGGGACCGAUCUACAAGAGCUCCUUAUCUGGUAAAAUUUUACUCUCACACUUUGAUGCAUUCAAAUUCCCCUCAUCAGAAGUUGUACAGUUCCGUGCACUCGUCACGCCCUGUAUGCCAACAUGCGAGCCGGUGCAGUGCGAUCAAGAAGAUAUCGGUGGUGAAUUCAAGUCAUUGAUUUCAUAUGGACGCAGGAGGCGUUCACUGAAUGUGACAGAAACUUUUGCCGGCACUGUGCAGAGCAGCCACGUGCAACAACAACAACAACAGGUGGAGCAACAACAGCGCCUGCAUAGUAAACAACAGCAAUUGCGCCUGCGCACCAGACGUGAGACAGCCGCCUCGACGAGCAGCAAACCUAGUCAAGAGGAUAUGCUUUUGGUACAAUCAAUUCAGAUCACUGACAAAUUUGGCUUCGAUAAGCAACAGCAACAACAACAGCCCAAGUCAACGGCGUACGAUGGCAAUGAGAUGAUUUUCAUUAGCGGCGAAGCAGGACAAGGAUACUGUGUUAAUGCGAUCGGACUCAUUGUGGCUGUCACAGUAUUCCUGCUAGCACAACUGGCAGUCAUUGCCAUCUGGACUUAUCUGCAUCAACGACGCCGAAAGCAGCAACCCUACAGCAACGAUGUGCUCAGCAGCGGCUCCAGUUAUGGCUCACACAAUGGCAGUUCGGUAAAUGGCUCGACAAUGGUGACCAGUGUGCCAAAUGCGCGAUCCGAAUCGUUGUGCAAACUAUAUGACACUGGUUUCGCAGGACGGCAUGGACGUCAAUUUUAGAAGCGAGAGGAUAAUAAAGGAAAACAAAACAAAAAACGACAUACAUGAAAACGACGACGGCUUAACGUAGAGAACAAACGAUAAACCACCUCGAAAGGAUUUAUUGAAAUGAUGCAAGUGUUAGCUGGUUGGUUUGGGGGGUAGAAAAAUGCGAGACUUCUUGCCACAAGAGGAGUAAGAACUUAUUACAGCCUCAGCUGAAGCAAUGAACAAAAAACAAGCAAAAAAAACUAAAAAAAAACACAAAAAAAUGCAUAACGAUGACGCCAUUAAAAAGAGUAACGAAAACAAAGUGAGCUUAGGUAGGAGUAGAAAAAGUUACUGCGAAGAAGUUUUAAUUGAGGUGCGCGCAGCAGAUGAAACUUACAUGGUGCCGGAUAGUGAAACUCGUGGGCAAUAUUAACGAUAUUGAUAAUAUUGAUUAAAGUAAUUACAUAUUUAAUAGUAGGUACAUUAUUAUUAUUAUUAUUAUCGAGGGUAGAAAAAAAAAACAAAGAAAUUAAAAAUAAAAAAAAAACAUAAGAUUCUUACAGCGGUUCUGUAACGAAGACCGUAAAGAAGCAAAAGCGCAUUUGGAUGCCAGCAAAAUGUUGGGAAUUAAAUAGUCUAAAAUACUAGUUUUUAAGUUAUGCAAGAAAACAAAAUAUUUAAUUACCCUUCAGCAAAUACUAAGGAAUCUGUAAUCGAUUGAACGAACGCAAUAAGACAUUUCAUAUAAAAACAAAACAUAGGUAAUAGUGAAAAUGCGAGAAUAUUCAGAAAAAAGGACGACUGAUGGUUUUUGAAGUUUGUAUUAUUUUUCUUUGCAAAAAUUGCAAAAUUCAAAAUGCAGCGCGUCAAAGAAAAUUAAUACGACACAAACUAUGGUUCGGUUUGCAAACUAUGGCGUAGUUGAGCUGCAAGCAAAACGUAGACUUAAGUAGAUUUUAUACGUACGAGUACUGUACACACACAUACAUAUGUAUGUAUGUAUGUACGAGUAUACUUGUAUGCAUUUGACACAUAGUUACUCUUAGAAGCGAAAAAAGUGACAUGCAUGAAAACUUAGCUAUUAGAGAAGCUGCAUUUAUGGCGGAUUUAAAAUAGAAAAUUCACUGCAAUAGUUUUAUUUUCCUAGAAUACUAGAUUUAUAAUAGGCAUGCGAACAGAAACAUGCACACACAUCUAAGCAGAACAGUCACCGGCACACUCAUACUUGCAAGCAGAUACAAGGUGGCGCAAAAUUAAUCAUCAAUUUUUUUUUUUUUUUAAAU